AGAUUUUGGGGUGUGCAGGAUUAUCGGGUUAUUCGGGUAUGCUCUUUGCCGCUGCUAUCAAGGCAAAUUCGAGUUAGAUCAAUCGUCGAAAGAAAGGAAUUUGGAUUAAAAAAUUGCUGAAACCAAACACGAGGGUUCCAAUGGAUGCAUUGAAACAAUGCGAGGCGAAUUUUGUGGCAUAUCUGCACCCAUCUAAGUCCAAGCAUGUCAAGGAUGCGGUGUAUCGUGAACUAAGCUCCCUGCUUUUCAAGUUUGAUGAAGCUUUAGAUGGCGUGGUACUGGCCUACGAACCAAAGUUUCAUAGUAAUUUGGCAAAAAUUCUACCGGGAAUUCACCCAUAUUUUGGUGUGAGGUUUCAAGCAAAGUUGUUACUCUUUAAUCCAAAGCAGGAUAUGCUUUUAGAAGGAGAGGUAGUGAAAGUUUGCCUACAGUCUAUUCACAUAGUUGUUCUUGGAUUUUCAUCUGCCAUUAUAGCGGAUGAGGACGUUCACAGAGAAUUCAAAUAUAAGAUUAAACAUGGUGAGGAAGUAUUUGUCAGCAAAUCUCACAGGAGACACAAGAUUAAAGUGGGAACAAUUGUACGUUUCUCUGUCAAGAGUUUUGAUGAAGAGAUACUACACAUAUGUGGAUCAUUAAUUCCUGCUGAUACUGGAAAUGUUAGUUGGUUGGAAUCAAAUAGAGAAGCACAGACAAAGAGUGACCCUAAAAAGAGUGGAACUGAGAGGCCAGUGGAAAAACUGGAGUAUGGCAACGGAAGGAUAGGUGAAGAAAAUAUGAAUGCAGAUAAUCAACCUAAGAAAUCUAAGAGACGAAAACUGGAGUGAGUUGAUUUGCCCACAAGUCGAAUGUUUUUAGCUUUGUCUCUACAAGGCAGGGGAACAAUUAUGCUUCUGUUCUUCUCAUUUGCACUAGAUUCCUAAGUUCAUACUUGGGCCUGAAAAUCUUUAACCACAUUUAACUAGAAAAUAGGAACCCAAUGAUCCAUCCAUCUUGCUAUUUGGACCUUACUGCCUUUCUUGUAUAUCCCUCAUCCACAGCCCAUUUGGACAGAUUGCAGAUUUAUGUACUUGUUAAAACAUUGCUAAUGUAUACAUGGCUAUUCUUACUUUCAUUCCAAAACUGUUAAACCUC